UUCUAGCAAGACCCGCCUUGCCACCCUUCCACUUUUUCUCUCCUCUCUGCUAGAAAUUCCUCCCUUGUCAUUGCCUUUCCCAAUUCCCCUUGAAGGGUUAACCCGCGUUGAGUCUCUCUGGCGUCCACACGGGUCCUCUCCAAAUCUGGAGGGGCAGAAAGCAGGAGAGAAGGGGAAGAAGGUGGGCAAGCAGCAGCAGAAGGAGAAGGCACAGCAUCAGCAGCAAGAAGGGAGGAGCCGCUGCAGAGGAGAAGCCCAUGAAUUACUCCCCGCCGCCGCCGGCCCUGGCCAUCUGCCCUCCGGACCACCAUGGCUCCAUGCCCGUAGUCUGCUACCCGUCCAAGGAAUCCAUCUUGAGCCCAAGGCCUCCCGAACACACCGCUGUGAUGCGCCGCACCACGAUCUUGGCCCUCUUCUCGGUGGUCCUGAUUUACCUGGUCACGGGCGCCUUUGUCUUCCGCCAGCUGGAACACCCCCAUGAGGUCCACCAACAGAUGAAACUCCAAGCCCACCUGGACCAGUUCUUAAGGCUGCACCAGUGUGUCGCUCCUGAGGAGCUGGAGGACCUCAUCCAGCAAAUAACCGAGGCCAUGGGAGCUGGUGUGAACCCGGUCAUCAACAGCACAAGCAGCAACAGCUCACACUGGGAUAUGAGCAGCGCCUUCUUCUUCGCUGGCACCGUCAUCACCACCAUCGGAUUUGGGAACAUUUCCCCCAAGACGGAUGCUGGCCGGAUCUUCUGUAUCUUCUAUGCUCUCGUGGGGAUCCCUCUCUUCGGGAUGCUGCUCGCAGGAGUCGGAGAUCUUUUGGGAUCCUCUCUCCGGAAAGCCAUUGGCAAAGUGGAAGACGUUUUUUUGAAGUGGCAGGUGAGUGCGACCAUCGUGAGGGUGCUCUCGGCCUUGCUCUUCAUCCUCAUCGGCUGCCUCCUCUUCGUCUCUUUGCCGACCAUCAUUUUCCAGCACAUAGAAGGGUGGACCCUCCUGGAAAGCAUCUACUUCGUGGUCAUCACACUGACCACAAUUGGAUUCGGCGAUUAUGUUGCAGGUGACACCAAAAGCAGCGAGCACAUCUGGUACCAGCCGAUGGUGGUGGUCUGGAUUCUGCUGGGCUUGGCUUACUUUGCCUCCAUCCUCACCAUGAUCGGCAACUGGCUGCGGGUCUUGUCCCGGCGCACGAGGGCAGAGAUGGGAGAUUUCACGGCGCACGCUGCCUCCUGGACAGGGAACGUGGCGUCCCAAAUCCGCGUCCCGAACAUGGCGUUUCCAGAUAAGCUGCACAAGAUGGGCACCUUGAAAGGGAAGCCGUUGUCACCGUCGGCUAUCACGCAGCAAGGGGAAAGCCAGGAGCUGGCAACGCCGCCGGCGCAACCAGAGCAAUUGCCAUCGCCAUCCUCGGCUUUAGCACCACCACCAUCAAUGCCUCCCGUAUCGUGUCCGAGCCCGUCUCCCCGCACAUUGCAACGCAUAGCCCAAAUGAACGCCCGCAAUGCUGCCGUGUUACGACCUAUAGACUACGCGGGCGAAAACCUGGCUUUCAUCGACGAGAGUUCGGAUGCGCUGAGCGACGGAGGGCCACCUUCCGCGCGGCCGCCCCGUCGAAUGCGACCUCGGGCUCGGCACCGAGUCGACGCCGGGGAGCCGGCAGCGUUGCCCAUGAUCGUGCUGAGCCGGACCCGAGACAAAGGCGAGUCCGUUUAAGGACCGGACGAGGAUGGCGCCUGGUUUGGAGCAAUGUCCCUACACGUGGUGCAGUUCCCUUUCCUCCAUCGUUGUGCCCAGAAACUCAAGACGCCCUAGCUUUUCUUUCCACAAGGUGCUAACUGGAGCGUGCCCUUAAAUCAGAUCCUGAUCCGCCUCUUUUACUGCCCUUCCUUUUGGCACGAGGAAGCAAUUUAACUAAUUUACGAAGCCAUAAAAAUCUCCAGCAAGCAUGCGAGGA